CAGGGGUUGCUGUUUGGCUGAAGUAAGUAUGAUGUUGAAACUUCGCCAUUACGAACACAACUAAGUCUUGUCCCGAUGACGAAGCGAGAGCUAACUUCUCUGCCGUGAACUGAAUGAAGGGGGCCACGACUCGGGACCAAAACAAGGUUGUUUGGAGAGUGAUGCACUAUUGAUUGAAAAACUGGAGACUAUGGACGCAUCAGAUGGCCAUGAAAAUACUCCUUCUGCCAAGACGAGUGGAAAAACGUCGUUGCUGGACAGCGGGGAAGACUUUGAGGUUUUAGAUGAAGAAGACAUCGAUGACGAUCUUCCUCCUUUGGAAGAUGCCGGGGGUGGGGAUGGGGAUAAAGCAGAGAAUGGAGAGAAGAAAAAUGCCGAUGAAGAAUCGGAGGCUUCAGAGCAAUUGGACGAAUGGCUGGAUGUGUUAGGAAAUGACCAGCUUAAGAAGAAAGUCCUAGAGGCAGGGAAGGGGCGAGGCAGCCGACCUCAGAAAGGACAGAAUGUGGGAAUUAAUCUGAAAACAAGUUUGAUGGAUGGUACCCUUGUAGAAGAGCAACAUAAUCUCUCUUUUACUCUUGGGGAUGGCGAUAUCACCCAGGCACUGGACCUGACUGUGCAGCUCAUGGAAAUGGGAGAGAAGGCUCUCAUACACACUGAUGCAAAAUAUGCAUAUGGUGCCAGGGGAAGUCUUGAACCUGAGGUACCCCCUAACACUCCGCUGUCCUUAGAAGUGGAACUGUUGGAGGCUACUGAUGCGCCGGACGUGGAGCUGAUGCUGCCUUCACAAAGAAUUGCCCUGGCCAUCCGCAAGAGAGAGAGGGGCAAUGUUCACUACCAGCGUGCAGACUAUGCUUUCGCUGUCAACUCAUACAGCAUCGCCCUGCAGAUUACAGAUUCUAACUCCAAAGUUGACAUUAGUCCUGAGGAGGAGGAGGAACUGCUGGAUGUCAAAGUAAAGUGUCUGAACAACAUGGCGGCCUCUCAGCUGAAGCUGGACCACUAUGAUGCUGCUCUUAAAUCUUGUGUUUCAGCUCUUGCUCACCAGCCAGAUAACAUAAAAGCCCUUUUCCGCAUGGGCAAGGUUCUGGCUUUGCAAGGUGAAUACACCGAGGCCAUUCAGACCUUACGGAAGGCGCUGAAGCUGGAGCCAAGCAACAAGACAAUUCAUGCUGAACUUUCCAAACUGGUGAAGAAGCACUCGGAGCAAAGGGGAGCGGAGCAGGCCAUGUACAAGAAGAUGCUGGGAAAUCCUACCAGUAGUAGCGGCAUACAGAAAUCCAGAGCCAAGUCUUCAUGGGGUCUCAGCUGGAAGUGGCUUUUUGGUGCAACUGCUGUGGCUAUAGGUGGAGUAGCUCUAUCUGUUGUCAUAGCGGCCAGAAACUGAAGUGAACCGGUGGAGUCAAAUGCAGUGGGGGGAGCCUAAAACACUGAAGCACAUCUGGCUGCACCUUCAGUCCUUCAGUGAAAGGAGGUGGAAAUGUCAGGUGGUGAAUGGCCUCUUCACUGUAACACUUUUUUCUCUGCUAUGUUUGAGAACAAUAUGUGACAGUUAAUCAAAUUUAUAAUAAUUGCAUAUGGGGAAAUGUAUUUCCAGCCUUGUAGAUGUAUAGAUUUAUGCAUCGUUCCCUUGUUCCGGCAGUUUGUUCUUCUUGUUAGUAGGUGUGUGGAAGUGAUUUUUUUGAAAUAAAUAAAAAAAAUAAUGAGAAUGGAUUGAGAAAGAAGAUAUUUUUACCACAUAGAAAAUAAAAUAAAUGGCUAUUCUGCUGAGAUAUAGUAAAAGCAGUAGAUUGCGCUUGUAAAAUGAUAUUUAUUAUCCAAAUGAUGUGAUUUCAGUUUGUGGUACGAUGUUUCCUGUCAAACUGCUCCUUAUUAUCUGAGGUCCACAAGAUGGCGAGAUAGUUGGCUGUGUGCUGGCCCGUUUACACUUUAUAUACAUAUGUAAAUACACUGAAUGACCAAAGUUAUCAAAACACCUUUACAAAGCAGUGCAAUACAGCAGUCCUAAACUGAGUACUUUACGUUGAUCAGCUGUUCUUCAGUUGAUUUUUGAUGAGGUAGUUUCCCUCCUUGACAAGAGAGUAAAAAUUAAUAACCACCGAACAAAAUAUUUCAGUUAAAUAAAACAUAAACUGCAUUCUUUUCAAAAUAACACAAGGUUGAAAUAACCCUCAAUGACACUGAUGGUGGUGUCAAACAAAGUUCAUGCAAAAUAACUUAUUUUUCUUGAAUUUUAUUUCAUUGUUGAUAGACUUCCUUAUUUCUCAUUCAUCCCAACUAGUUUGUUAAAGGCGUACAUUGUUUGGAGCGUAGCUGAAGACCGUUUAAAGGUUAUCUUUUGAGUUGUGUACUGAUGUUGUUCAUUCCAAAACAGAACUGUGACUCGGAUGUGCUGUCCUCAGAAUAGAUGAGAUAACAGAGCCAAAAUUUGUUUUAUGCCAACCAAGUUACUCUUCAGAUCAUUAAAUGCGUUCCUUGCUUUUCCUAAUUUUUGUAUUCUGCACCAAUAAAUAUCUCAUCAAAGUACA